AUUCAGAUCAACUAUAAAUAGUUCCCAGCUUCACCAUUCUUCCAUCUUUCUCUGCAAUUCCUCUAGUUUCUUUUCUACCAAACAAAACCCUGCUUGUCAAGUAUGGCUUCUACUUCAUCUUUAGCCUUCUCCUCUAAAACUACCUACGAUGUUUUCCUUAGUUUUAGAGGUAUUGAUACUCGUCCAACUUUUACUAGUCAUCUUUAUUCUGCUUUAUGUCGGAAAAGUAUCCCAACAUUCAUAGACGAUGAUCUUGAGAGAGGAGAACGGAUCUCGCCAGCGCUUUUGAAGGCGAUUGAAGAAUCCAUGAUUUCAGUAGUAAUUUUCUCAGAAAAUUAUGCAUCCUCUCGGUGGUGCCUAGAUGAACUGGUGAAGAUCAUUGACUGCCAGAAAGAAAUGGGGCGAAAGAUUUUACCCAUUUUCUAUCAUGUAGAUCCUUCUGAUGUUAGAAAACAGACUGGGAAAUUUGGAGAAGCAUUUGGAAAAGUUAAAGAAAAAUUUAAGCAAAGCUUAGACAUUGUGGAGAAGUGGAGCACUGCUUUGACGGAAGUAGCCAAUCUGUCUGGAUGGGAUUCCAGCAUCUACAGGCAUGAAUCGGAAUUAAUUGACAAAGUUGUCAAACAUAUCAUGAAGAAACUAUAUCCCGUCUCCUUUAGUGCUUGUGAUGAUUUAGUUGGGAUUGAUGCUCACCUCAACGAAAUUCUAUCAUUCCUAUGUAUUGAGAUGGCAGAUGUUCGUUUUAUUGGAAUUUGGGGAAUAGGCGGCAUAGGAAAGACAACCAUUGCUGAAGCGCUUUUCGGUCAAAUCUCUGAUGAAUUUGAUGCUUGUUACUUUCUAAACAACGUUAGGGAAUGUACAGAAAAGCAUGGAUUACUGCAUUUACGACAAAAUCUUUUUUCCAAACUUGUAGGGGAUGAACAUUUGAGUAUACAAACGCCCCGUGUACUUCCCACUAUUGUUUUGGAUAUAUUGAGAAGAAAGAAGGUUUUCAUUGUUCUUGAUGAUGUCAACGAUUCAAAGCAAUUAAAGGCUUUGGCUGGAGAUCAUGGUUGGUUUGGUUCAGGAAGUAGAGUCAUAAUAACAAGCAGAGACAAACAAGUUCUUAGCAGUGUUGACAAAAUCUAUGAGGUUAAGGGAUUGGAUUGUAGUGAUGCUUUUCAGUUGUUAAGUAUGAAAGCCUUCAAACAAAAGGAUCCUCCGAUGGAAUAUAUAGAGUUGUCCAAAAGCGUACAAGCUUAUUGUAAAGGUGUUCCAUUAGCUCUCGAAGUUUUGGGUUCCCAUUUGUGCAAUAAGACUCCUGAAGAAUGGGAAAUUGAAUUGAAUAAACUGAAGAUAUAUCCUGACAGCGAUAUUAUGGAAGUCUUAGAAAUAAGUUAUAAUGAUUUAGAUGAAAUGGAGAAGAAAAUAUUUUUAUAUAUUGCUUGUUUCUUCAAUGGAUAUGGCAAAAGCUAUGUAGAAGAUAUACUAAAUGGUUGUGAUUUUCCUACACGUUGGGGAAUAAUUCGUCUAGUGGAUAAGUGUCUUGUAACUGUUGUGAAUAACCUGUUAAAGAUGCACGAUCUGAUAGUGGAAAUGGGUCAAGAUAUUGCUCGGCGGAAGGGUAUCAUAUUAUGCAAUUCUAAUGACGUCUGUGAUAUGUUGACCUCAACUAAUAAUAAGGCAAAUGAAGCAGUUGAAGGCCUACUUUUGAACCUGUCUGAAAUUAGAAGGGUACAUUUGAAUGAUUCAGUCUUCUCACGAAUGCCCAACUUGAGAUUGCUAAAAUUUUACAGGGAUUGCUCAAAUUUUACUGAAUCAAGAUUUCAAUCAAAUUAUCUAAAAUGUCUUCCUAACAAGUUGAGUUUACUUCAUUGGGAAAAAUACCCUUUCAAGUCUUUGCCAUUAAAUUUUUCCAUGGAAAACCUUGUCCACCUCAUCAUGCCAUGUAGCGAAGUUGAAGAGCUCUGGAAUGGAUCUACGUGUUUGUCAAAGUUAAAAUCUCUUGAUCUUAGUCGCUCAAAGCAUCUGAAAAUAGUACCUGAUUUUUCUAUGAUGACAAGCCUGGAAGAGAUAAAGUUUGGUGGUUGUGAGAGUUUGAUUGAGAUUCCAUCAUCCAUUCAGUGCCUGAAAAGACUCGAUUCUCUUUAUCUAACUGCUUGCAAAAAGUUGAGAAGUCUUCCACAAAUGCCGAGAGGCAUAGAAUAUUUAGGUCUCGAUUAUUCUGGAGUGGAAGAGUGGUCUCCGUCAUCUAUCCAAUUUCUUGACAAUCUUUUGCUCUUAGAUAUUUCCCAUUGCGAAAACCUUAGAAGUCUUCCAAGAAUUAUAUAUUGCAAUACUUUUAUAAGACUUAAUAUCAGUUUCUGCCCAAUUCUCAUCAUGUCUCCGCAGAUUAUGGAAAGUUCAGAAGUAUUGCCCUCAUCAAAUUAUGUUAAGUUAGAUUUGAGUGAAUGUAAAACGCUCAACAGUCUCCCAAAUAGCACUUGCAAAUUGAAACGCCUUGAGAUUCUGAAUCUCAAUGGCUGUUCAUAUCUUGAGAAAUUGCCUCCUUUAUAUGGUUUAUGCUCUUUAAAGGAGUUACUUCUGGAUGGCACUGCACUUGUAGAAAUUCCCCCUGACACUGCCUCUUUGUCAUCAUUAAGACGACUGAGUUUAAAGAACUGCAACAGACUCCAAAAGUCAGUAUCAACUUCAUAUAUUGCACCAAUAAAAUAUCGUGAAGAACGCAGGGAAUGUGGUUAUGAAUUGAAUUUUUGUAAUUGCCUAAAUUUGGACCAAAAUGCACGUGGCACCAUUAUGGCAGAUGCUCUCCGGAGAAUUAAAGAAUUAGCCAUUGCUAGAUGUGAUGGAGCAUUUUAUCCUUAUUUUCAUGUUGGUUUACCGGGAGGCAAAAUUCCUGAGUGGUUGAGCUGUGAAGGCCCGGGAAAUUCAAUAGCAACUUUGUUCCCUCCUGGUUGCUUCAAUAAUAUGUUCCUGGGCUUUGUUUUUUGUGCUAUUAUAGAAUUCAAGGAUCCUGAUUUUUGGGUGCAUGGUUUACGCUUAAUAUGUCAAAGCAGUUUCGAAAACAAUAAUGACUACAGAGAGGCCAGUUUUACAACUAAAUAUUUCUAUUUGGAAAAUACCAUAGAAUCAGAUCAUGUGUUCUUUUGGUACGACGGCCGUGACAUUUCCUAUUUAGAUUGGCUCAAACAAAACUGUGACAUGGAGAACGAGGCAUCAUUCUACCUCUGCCGCGACGAUAUGACAAAGUGGGAAGUGAAAAGGUUUGGAUUCCACUUGUUAUGUGACAAAGUUGAGCUAAACAAAUGCAAUCCUUACAUAUGCAGAGAAGCCAAUUUUCUGGAGCAAUUAGAAGAAACAACAAAUGCCAACAAUAAGAAAAGCAGGGAAGACUUCUACUCCAGUAAUAUAAACGGCAAGCAGGAGCAAGCUGCGUCGAAGUCUUCCAAAUCUGGGCAUCAACUAUCUGAUCUGUCGAGUCUCAUUUGUUUUGGGCAUCAACUUUCUGAUCUGGCGAGUCUCACGAGCCCAUCUCUCGCGACUUCAGCGGCGUCUUCCAGACUCACUCUACGCCAACCUCGGCCUUCUCCAUCUUGCCAGUACGUUUCCAGAGUCGUUUCCGAUACCAACCCUUCUCUAUUUCUUGUGAUUUUGUUGUUUUUGGAUGAUAUUGGUGAGGGAGCAGAUUGUUGGACAGUGAAAGUUGUUAUUCUGGAUUCCAAGGAUUUUAAGAUGGAUAACAUGUCUGCUGAGAAGUGUGGGGUAGAGGUUGGUUGUGGUUCUGCUGGUGCAAAAGUGGUGGGGUCUGCAGUAGCUGGGGGUAAUGGAGAAAUUACCUCCUCUAUAGUAUCUGCAGAUGACGCAGGUGCUGGAGAAUGUAAGGGAGACUGGGUUACUGGUGUUUGGACCGCUGGUGCUGGGGUUUGCGAGGAGGACCUGGUCCUUUUGCUAACUGGCGCAGGUUCUGGGGAAUGGGUGUCGGGAAUUGGUGUUUCAUUUGGCGGCUCGGAUUGCGGCGAGAGGGGAGUCGGCGGAAUGAGAGGUGGUAUUUGGCUUGGGGGCGGGGGCGGUGACUGA